UCUCUGCUUCCACCGGGCACAUGCUGAUGCCCCUGAGUGGGCUGCCCUGGUGGUGGUGGUGGUACUGCUGUGCCUGGUACCGCUGUGGAUUGUGCUCCCCAGCUCCCCAGAUGCUGCGCCACCAGGGUCUCCUCAAGUGCCGCUGCCGCAUGCUCUUCAAUGACCUGAAGGUUCUCCUCCUGCGGCGGCCCCCUCCAGCGCCCCUGCCCAUGCACGGCGAACCCCAGCCCCCCGGCGUGGCAGCCAACAACACCCUUCCGGCUCUGGGUGCCGGGGGGUGGGCAGGCUGGAGGGGGCCUCGAGAAGGCGUGGGCAGGGAGACCCCUCCCCUGCCACCUCUGCCACCUUUGCCACCUUCAGUGGAAGAUGACUGGGGUGGCCCAGCCACAGAGCCACCUGCCUCGCUGCUCAGCAGUGCCUCUUCAGAUGACUUCUGUAAGGGAAAGGCUGAGGAUCGCUACUCACUGGGCAGCAGCCUGGACAGUGGCAUGAGAACCCCGCUCUGCCGCAUCUGCUUCCAGGGGCCGGAACAGGGGGAGCUGCUGAGCCCGUGCCGCUGCGACGGCUCGGUCAAGUGCACGCACCAGCCUUGCCUCAUCAAGUGGAUCAGCGAGCGGGGCUGCUGGAGCUGCGAGCUGUGCUACUACAAGUACCACGUCAUCGCCAUCAGCACAAAGAACCCUCUGCAGUGGCAGGCCAUCUCUCUGACAGUCAUUGAGAAGGUUCAGAUUGCGGCCGCCAUCCUGGGUUCCCUCUUCCUCAUCGCCAGUAUCUCUUGGCUCAUCUGGUCGACCUUCAGCCCCUCAGCAAAAUGGCAGCGCCAAGACCUCCUCUUCCAGAUCUGCUACGGGAUGUAUGGAUUCAUGGAUGUGGUGUGCAUAGGCCUCAUCAUUCAUGAGGGACCCUCCGUGUACCGCAUCUUUAAACGGUGGCAGGCUGUCAACCAGCAGUGGAAAGUGCUGAACUAUGACAAGACGAAAGACCUGGAGGAUCAAAAGGCAGGAGGCAGGACCAACCCCCGGACCUCCUCGUCCACCCAGGCCAACGCGCCCCCCUCCGAAGAGGAGGCUGCGGGCACCCCUGCCCCUGAGGAAGGCCCUGCCCGGGCGGCCGGCCACCCCUCAGGCCCUCUGUCCGAUCACCACUGUGCUUACACCAUCCUGCACAUCUUGAGUCACUUAAGACCUCAUGAACAGCGGAGCCCCCAGGGUGGCAGCCGAGAGCUGGUCAUGAGGGUCACGACGGUGUGAGAGGAGAGACCUGGGAGGGAGCCGUGACCACAC